GCUGAAGAAGCAUGGGCGUCCAGGGCUUCCAAGAGUUCUUGGAGAAGCGCUGUCCUGGUGCCGUGGUACCCGUGGACCUCCUAAAACUCGCGCGCACAGUCUCGCGCCAGCAGCAGCAGCAGCAGCACCUGCAUCGCCAGCUCCCACCGACUGCACUUCUAGCGCCCGGGGCCCCACGCGCCGCCAGGGGCUCCGCUCCUCUGCAGCCGCCGUUCCCGCCCGCUGCCUUGGGUGCCUACUCCGGGGGCGCGGGGCCGACGCGGCACCAUCACCCCGCUCACCACUUCCACCACCAUGGCCAGUCGCAGCCUGGGCUACACCCUCCGCUGCCGCCGCCGCCGCCCCCUCCGCUGCCCGGGGCCCGGGUGCUGGUAGACGCGGGCUCGGCGCUGCCGCGGCUUUAUGGUGGCUAUCAGACGGACUGGGUGUGUGGUGGCCAGUGGAAUGCCAUGCUGGGCUACUUGUCAGCGCUGUGCCAGGCUUGUGCCUAUCCCGGCGGCGAAGGCCUGGAGCUGGUGGUCAUGUUCCCCGGCGGCCUGGGCAAAGACCGACUGGCCGAGUGGGGCCGUCGGUGCCAGGCCGAGCGGCAGACAGCGCAACUGAUCGUGGGACACGUGGGCAACAAGGGCACCCCUCCACCACGGGCCUGGUUCCUGCCACCAGCUUGCCUGAGCCACUGCGUGAGGCUAGCACUCAUCCGCUUCCGGGUCAAGGUCUUUCAGAGCCUUGAAGAUCACCAUUUGGAGGUGGUAGCUUUUUUCAAGGAAAAUGGCUUCCAUGGCCUUCUUGCCCAUGACUCCGAGUAUGCUCUCUACAAUAUUCCCUUUUACUACAGUUCCCACGCUCUCAAGCUGAGCUGGAACGGGAAGAACCUCACUACCAACCAAUUCUUGAUGCAGGAGGUGGCCAAGCAACUGGGCCUGAAGCGCAUGAGUUUUCCCAUAUUUGCUGCGUUGUUAGGUAACCACAUUCUUCCAGAUGAGGAUCUGGCUGCUUUUCACUGGAGCCUUUUAGGACCAGAACAUCCUCUUGCAUCACUUAAGGUGCGAGCUCAUCAGCUUGUUCUUCCACCUUGUGAUGUGGUAAUCAAGGCUGUUUCUGAGUAUGUUAGUGCCAUCAAAGACCCUUCAAACCUUGAUGUUGUUGGGAAGGAUGUUUUCAAACAGUCUCAGUCUAGGACAGAAGAUAAAAUAGAACGAUUCAAGAAAGCAGUCGAGUACUAUUCAGUUACAACCAAACUCUCUACGUUGCCAGUGGGUCCCUCCUUUCUAGGCUUUCGAAAUAAUCAGAUUGGAAACCCUUCCCUUCCGCGAAAUCAUAUUGGCACCAUUUCUGCUGGAAAGCCAAUGUUUCCUCACCAUGUGCCCCAGAAAAUGAAGUGUCCACCACCAUUCUCAGUGGGACCCAACUCAUCUCUUCUCUUCGCCUCCCAUCCUCUGGGGGAAUCCAAUGCCUUUUCUGAGGAUCCCAUGAUACAAGACAGCCCCUUUGCCAGUUGGGCUGUCUCUUACGACUCCUCUGCACCCCAGUUUCCUAAUUACCUUACUUCCAAAGCUUCACCUCCUUUGCGACCAGACUCUUCCCAUUCUUCUUCCUCUGAUGGUGAUGAGCCAAAUGGAGCCAGCUCUGAUCACAUCACAGAAACACUUCAGCAGCAGCCUGGAUGGGAAGACACCAAUGGUGACAGAGGGACUUGGGCACAGCCUGUUGACGCUGGAGUUUCAGAAGCCAGCCUAGGUGAUGGUGAGCCUCACAUCCCAUCUCUACUGUCUAUGUCUACAAGGAACCACAUGGACAUCACCAUCCCACCCUUACCUCCAGUAGCUCCAGAAGUCUUACGGGUUGCUGAACAUAGACACAGGAGAGGCCUUAUGUAUCCCUAUAUCUACCACGUCCUCACUAAGGGUGAGAUUAAGAUCCCUGUAUGUAUUGAGGAUGAGUGUAACAUGGAGCUGCCCCCAGCUGCUCUUCUGUUCCGAUCAGCUCGUCAGUAUGUAUAUGGAGUCCUUUUUAGUUUGGCGGAGACACAGCGGAAAAUGGAACGCCUGGCCAUUCGGCGGCGGCUACCUGUAGAAGUUCCUUCAGUGAUUCUUAAAGAAUGGUCUGCCUAUAAAGGGAAGUCACCUCAAACUCCUGAGCUGGUGUCUGCCCUGACAUUUCGGGAAUGGACCUGCCCAAACCUCAAGAAGCUCUGGCUGGGCAAAGCAGUUGAGGACAAGAACAGAAGGAUGCGGGCUUUCCUGGCGUGUAUGAAGUCAGACACACCCAGUAUGCUCAAUCCAGCUAAUGUCCCUACCCAUCUGCUGCUUAUGUGCUGUGUUCUCCGGUACAUGGUUCAGUGGCCUGGUGGCCGAAUCCUGCAUCGCCAUGAGUUAGACACCUUCCUUGCACAGGCAGUGUCUACCCAGCUUUAUGAACCAGAGCAACUCCAAGAACUCAAGAUUGAGAAACUGGAUGCCCGAGGGAUCCAGCUUGCUGCCCUCUUUAUGAGUGGGGUCGACACAGCUCUGUUUGCUAAUGAUGCCUGUGGCCAGCCAGUCCCUUGGGAACACUGCUGCCCCUGGAUUUACUUCGAUGGCAAGUUGUUCCAGAGCAAGCUUAUUAAAGCAGGCCGAGAGCGAGUAUCCCUGGUUGAGCUCUGUGAUGGCCAGGUUGACCUGGCAACCAAAGUGGAAAAGAUGAGGCAGAGUAUCCUUGAAGGAGUCAACAUGAAUCAUCCGCCACCUUCAGCUCUACUUCCAUCACCUACUUUUGUGCCUCCUAUGGUGCCCUCUCUCUACCCUGUUUCACUUUAUUCCCGAGCUAUGGGCUCAGUGCCACCUCACCCUCAAGGAAGGAGCCGGGGAUUUGCAGGUCUCCAUCCAAUCCCACCCCAAGGAGGAAAACUGGAAAUUGCCGGGAUGGUGGUGGGCCAGUGGGCUGGCAGUGGGUCCUCCAGAGGCCGAGGAUCCUUUGGCAUGCAAGUGGUUUCUGUCGGUGGGCCAGGAAAGGGGCAUGGAAAAGAACAGACUGGUAGAGGACCUAAAGGACACAAAAAAGGAAAUAAACAAGGCUCUUCAGAUGGAAUUUCUAAAUCCCUGGAGCUUCGUCAAGGGCAGUCUCGCUCACAGGUAAAUGGAAACAGCAGCACAUUGACCAAGGAAGAGAAGAGCGAUCAUCGUCUUCCAGCUCCAUCACAAUGUGCCUUAUCCAGAGUCAGCAAUGUGUGUAAUGAUGGUAAUCACUGCCUCCCUGCGAAGAAUGAGGAGAACCGCUCACAAGAACAAAAGUUGGAAACUGUGGCACAGCGACAAGAGGAAUGACAAGCUGAAGAUGGCUUCACCAGUCAGGAAGAAGGGAAAACUGUACUUUUCUGAUUCUAGGCCCAAGUUAGAGUAGGAUAUAAGUGCUCACCUAAAUUCAUCCUCAGUUUUGAUGGGGUGUCUUAUUAUCUCUGUCUUUCCCCUUAUCUUUUCUUGGGCUCCAGAGUUAAGAACUGGGGAAUUUCUUCUUAAAGAUGAAUAACGUGAAGAGUAGUUCCAGUUCUCAAAUUGAAUAUAUACCACCCAUAUUCUAUCUCCUCUGGAAGUCUAGUAAAGCAGUAACAGUCAGAAAAUGGGUGUUAUCAUGUAAGUCCUCUGAAGUAUUUCUACCUUUGGUUUUUUGAGUAUCAUGAUACUUAUUUGCAGACUUACCUGGAUACAUCUUUGGGGUUGAGGGGACAGCUUUCUAUGGCUUCCUCGUUUUUUCUUUUUUUUCCUCUGAGUUGAUACGGUCUUGAUAUAUAAUUGGUAUCCAUCUCCUCUUUACAUUUACUCCCAACUCAGCUGCCCCAGAAUUUUGUAUACCACCUCUAACUCCGGCCUGACAAUCAGAUAAGUAGAUGUUUUUAGGGAACCGGAUAGUGUUGAUUAUUUUAUUUUUUAUUUUAUACACACAAAAAAAAAACUACCAAUGGCCUUUGUACUGGGAGAUUCAAGUGAGUCGGAAAAGUACUGGGCAGAUUUUUCCUGCCUCUUAACUAGCCCAUUGUUUGUAAAAUAGAAGAUGUGGUGCAGUUCACCCACUCUUUGCUGCCCAUACCCUGAAAUGGGUGGGAAUCAAUGUUACGAAACUGAGUACGAAAGGGACUCAAAAGACUCUGUGUGUGGGUGUGGGUGUGGGUGUGUGUGGUUGUACAUAUGAAUGUGUGUAUCUAUAUGCAUACACAUACCCUUUAUAUAAAGAGACAGAUCUAUUUAUCUAUACAUAUUUUAUAUAUGUGUGUGUACGUGUGUGUGUAUACACAUACAUACAUACAUACAUGGUGAUGUCCCAGAGGAUUUACCGAAUUUCCCAGAAACGCUUCCACUGCUAUGGAGUGGUAGGUUUCAAAAGAUCACGCUUUAAAUCUAAAAUCUUUACUAAGUCACAGCCCAUCACAAUUAUGAGAAGAUGGACUACUCUAAAUCAGACACAAAGUCCUUUCCAGAGAUUGCCUGUUCAGAACAACAAACACUUGGGUUGUAACAAGCUUAAUCUCGAACAGAGCCCUCACAUCCCAUAUGGUAAAAACUGGAGGUUGGAAUGGGAUUGGGAAGAGUUGAGUAUUUCUUUAUAAAAGUUGGAAGAGAACGAAGGGGUGGGAGGUGAUUUGAAAUUCUGCCAAUUUGGAGAAAAUCGCCCUUGGAAUUCCAGGGUCAAAUUGGCUUCAGGUAAGAACUGAUUGACGAGAGUCCCUGAAUGAGGGACACUUUGUAUUGGAAGAUGGUAUAGGGAAGUGUGAGGAAAUUUGACAAUUUGAUUUUACAUGCCUAGAUUGUUUAAUUUGUUCAUUGACAUUUUGACUACCGGAUCUUUUCAUUUGCUUUGCAAGGAACACUUCAAAGGACUUUGGCCUGGGCCUUGAAAAACAUUCUAUAAAAGAUUCUCAGUCCCCUUUGUGGCCAGGAUCUGCCCAGGAUAAAAAGGCUGUUCCUCCUUGCUGGAGAUAAUCUUGAGACAACCUUGCAUUUCCAGUUUCUCUCCUUGGGCAGCCAAGAUACAGGGAUGGAAACAUGGCUUGCAACAAAUUAGCACUGUAACUUCAUUCAGGAACUGGGGCUUCCAGCCUCGUAAGUCUCUUGGGGCUGCCAGCCUCGUGUGUCUCUCUCUGGGCUUUCUUAUAUCUUGCCCACCAAGUACCACUUCUACUGGAAUACAACUGACUAGACCUCUAGCAGGGUUCUCUUUUUUGGAAAAACUCCAUGCGCAUUAACCCAGAGCAGGUCUUUGGUGAUUUCUUUUUUUUUUUUUUCCAGACAACCAGAAGGCUGUUUUCUAACUGUCCACUUACAACGACCAUAUCCUGAGAAACUGAAAACAGUCUCAGACUAAUCGUAGUCUGGCCCAGUUUAAGAGAACCCACAGUUUGCAGGGGGAGGGAGCCCUAGGAUACCUUGCCCCUGCCCCCAUAUUUCUUACACAGAGCAGGAUGAGAAGAGUGUACCCCCAGCAAGAUGUAAGCAGGAACAAAGCAUCUGAAAACCUAUUGGAGUCAGCUUCCCUGAUUUGGCCCUGCUUCUUCUCUCGGACCUGCGUAAUCUUAAGGUUAGGACUUACAUAUCCAUGAAGGGAGGAUACUUACAUGGCCCAGAAGUCUCCUUCUGUGCCACAGAGCUCUAAAAGUAACCAGAGUCACUGAGCUGUGAGUGAACGGAAAUAUACACAUACGGAGUUAAAUGAUGAAGUAUCUUUUCAGUUGCUGUUUCUGUACGUCUUGAGUCUGUCUGACACAAUCAGGUGACAGUAUUGUUAACUCUCACAACAUUAAGAUUGCUUAUUCUGCAGGCAUUCACUGUGAGAGGUAAAACUGCUGCUUUGACAGGGAUGAUUCCAGUUUGCCACAAGACCUGCGUUUCUCCCUCCGCAUAUCUCUUCUUUCCCCUAGGCUGGCCCAGGGUGAAACGAGUGGUUGACCUCCAACUUUGAUUUUUAUUUGGAUUCAUCAUUUUAGGUUUGGAAGUUUACAAGAAAGAACCAUCAAAGGCCAUAUUCCUAGAUUUCCGUCUAGCUGCCAAAAUACACAACUUAAAAGCCAGCCAAACUAAGAUUCACUACUGGGAGCUAAACUUUUUCUGACUGCAGGGUAAAAUGAGAAAGGUGGGACGUGAUCUUUGCUGUACUACUUGGAAAGACUGUCGUCUUUCGCUUGAGGUUCAGUUUCUGUGAUACGGAACGGAGUCAUGUUGGAUCCCCAGAAAUGAUCCCUUUAGCUUGUACGGCCACAAGCAAGAGCACCCUGGUUGUGUGUAGCCACUGAUCCCCAAGGAUUUGCAGUUCUUGACUUCUGCUGGUGUGUCUUGGGGUCAGCCUCUAAUUCCUACUCUUUUCCAAGCAGCCAGUCUGGUCUGGACCAGGCGAAGAAAAUUUCUGCUCACUUGCGUCAUUUUCAUUCUGAGCCAGUAGGACUCUGGUUAGACUGAAGCCCAAGAAUUGGUACUUGCUUUAGCUAGGGACAUUUGAGUUUUGUCUCCAUCUUGAUUUUCUGACAUUGUUGGCCAAGUCACUUUAACAUUUUUUGAUCACUGAGAAAAACAGCCAGACGAGGCAUUAGGGAGAGUGGUUAAAAUAGGGGGUGGGGGGCAGGAAUGCUUAUGUAGGGUAGAAAGAAUAUGGGAGUAGCUGUUUUGAUUAUGGUGAUUCAGUCCUUUGGAACCUUAGAAGGCUCCUGUGGGCAUGUCGUUGCCACCAUGCCAGCCUCUAAGACCCCCUCCCUUUUGAAAUGACAAUACAAGUAGACCACAGUUUAAAGUAGUUAGUAUAAUUCUACUAAGGUUUGAUCAUUAUACUUGUUCACUUCUUGGUGCAUAUUUCCUAAAUAUGCUUGGGGUUUGGGGUGGGGGGGUUAAGUUUUCACUGUUCCAUUGUGUCUCACCCAAUAUUUUUCUCCCUCCCAUGGCUUUGGCAUCUCUUCUGACUUUCUCUUUUCAUCUCUUUUGGCUUAUUGUGGUAGUCUGCUGGUGCGGGUAGAGUGCUCAGUGCACCUUUUCCCAUUUCUGCUAAUUAUCUUUCAUAUUGCCCAACUUACUUUGAUGUUCUAAGAAAAUGUCAUUCAUUUAAUAAAAUCUUUUCCAAGUUAAAAGCAAAAUAAAACAUCCCCUGUGCUAGGGUGCCCAUUCCAGCUUUUGACAUUGCCCCUAUACUUUAUAGAUGCUCUUUUUGUCUGUGUUGGUAGUAACUAAUGACUAGUGAAUUUUCAUGUAAGUGAAACAAAUAUUUCAGAUUUUAUUAAUCUCUCAUAACCCUGCCAAAUCUGAUGACUUCAUCCUAAUUACUUCCCAGAAGGUACUUCCCCUUCUACCUUUUAUUUUAUUCUAUCCUGUUCUAUUCUUAGACUAACACAUUAGGUAAAGAAACUUUAACUGCAAAGAAUCAGUGAUUUUUUAGUGCUCCCUGAUAAAUGAUGUUAUUGACAAAAGUAAGAAAUUCUUUCAUUGUUUUUUUCUGUGUUACUAUCUCCUCUCCUGUGUUCUUGACAGUGUGUUUAGUGGAUGGAUAAUACGUAUUUCUCUUUCCCACUCCCAGAUUCCAAAUUUCCUGCCUUUUUGGCCCACCUCACAACAAAAGCUCCAUAGUUUAUUAACGUAAGUUUGAAUGGAUGCUUCUUUGUGGAAACUGCAAGAGUUAAUGGAAAUGUUUCAGAAAGGAAUGAGAAUGUCUCAGGAGUUGUUCUGUGAUGGAAUUUGGUCCGUUGUUCUGUUAAUGCUGAUGGAAAGAAACUUACAGCGCUUAAUAAAAGUUUAUUCUUUUAGUAAAAAAAAAUUGUGCAAUAAUUUGGGGAGUGUGAAGUUUGAUUUCUUCUCCCAUCUCUGGAUCCCUUUUUGCAAAUGGAAGAUAUACUUGUCUCAAUUCACAAGUGGUGCACAGAGCUUUAGGAGUUUGUAGGAUAUCAAGACAAGAGAUCCUGUAAAAGAACCAUUAAAAGGAAAAACAUGUUGAGCGUAUUGGUUAACUUCAUUUGGAUGUUCUAGACACCUUUGACACAUCUCCCAAACCAAACCUACUCUUUCUUUUGAAUCCUGCUGCUGUCUCUGAGUGACGCUCCUAUCUACUCAAAUUGCCUGAACCGCAAACCUACCUAGAGGUUAAUUAUCCUAGGCUUGUGCCUUUCCCUCCUUUCUCAAUUCAGUUGGUGACAAGAUCCAUUGAUUACACUUCAUUAGCCAGUUUCUCCAGUUUCUGUUCUAGUUCAAGCCCAUGAUGUCUCACCUAGACUGCUGCCGUCGCUCCCGUCCCUUACUCCUAGCCAGGUGAUUGUAGGCAACACUGGCUACAUGAAUGUACCUUUUUCCACUUAGAAGGCCUGCACUUUUGUUUCCAGGCUUUUAAAGGAGACCGUGGGACAAGAAAAAGUUAAGUGUAACAGAAAAUGCCCCCUCCUCCCAGCCAGUAUACUUCAGUUGCCUAGGUGACAGUCCUGUUACAGUGUCUGUUGCUUCUGUCUCUUAGAAACGGCUGGUCACUGUGAUGCAUAGCUGGUCACGAUGAGGCAUAUUGUAGGAGCCAAUCAAAGACAGCUAAGUACUCUACCUCUCGACCUUCCCUCCCUGAGCCUUCCAGGCCUGACAUUUUGAAGGACAGUCGAUUCCCUGUCAGUGCUCAUCUGACGUCAAAUAAAUCUGCCUCCAAAUCCUCGGUGUUGUUUCGGUGUUUCUGUUACCGUAGCAAAGAAGCAUUGCUUUAAUUCUCGUAUUUAAUCGGCUCCCAGCGCAUAUUCUGUCCAACACACUGCUCAAAAUUUACAUGUCCCCUUCGUUCUCUAGCCUCUGACCACUUCUGUAGCCUCAUUUCAUUCCUCUGCUGCCCCACCGCAGUGAUAAUAAAGUACUCCCAUACACAUUAAAA